AUUUAUAUUUGUGUGUGUGUGUGUGUUCCUGUUCGAAAACCAACGGUCGAUAUGGAAUGCUUGCAAGAUUGGCCAGAACCAAUUGUUCGGGUGCAAUCGUUAUCGGAGAGCAGCACGAAUGUGAUUCCCAACAAGUAUAUCAGGCCGCCAUCGGAGAGACCUUCGUUGGAUUCCGUGGAUCAAACGAGUGGUAUUAACAUCCCUAUCAUUGAUCUUGGAGGACUCAAUGGCAAUGCUGUUGAUCGUGAGAGGACAAUUCAAAUGGUGUCUGAUGCAUGCCGGGAAUGGGGAUUCUUCCAAGCUGUUAAUCAUGGGGUGAGUCUGGAUUUGAUCCAGAGAGCCAGGAAGGUAUGGAGGGAGUUCUUUCAUCUUCCAAUGGAGUUGAAGGAAAUCUAUGCUAACUCUCCUAAGACAUAUGAAGGGUACGGUAGCCGAAUUGGAGUAGCUAAGGCCCCAGUUCUUGACUGGGGUGACUAUUACUUCCUUAAUCUCCUGCCCCACUCCAUGAGGGAUAUGGACAAAUGGCCCAGUUUUCCUACUUCUUGCAGGGCGGUCAUUGAGGAGUAUGGGGAUGAAUUGGUGAAGCUGGGUGGGGUUGUGUUGGAUAUAUUAUCAAAGAGUCUUGGAAUGGAAGAAAAGUACAUGCGUAAUGCGUUUGGAGGUGAUGAUAUGGGAACAACUCUUAGAGUGAAUUACUACCCGAAGUGUCCACAACCAGACCUCACACUGGGUCUCUCCGCGCAUUCUGAUCCCGGUGUUUUGACCCUUCUUCUCCCUGACGACCGUGUGGAUGGACUCCAAGUUCGAAGAGGCGAUGCUUGGGUGACUAUCCGAGCUGCACCCAACUCGUUCAUUGUCAAUAUCGGCGAUCAGAUUCAGGUGCUGAGCAAUGCCAUUUACAAGAGCGUGGAGCACCGGGUGAUCGUGAACUCGAACGAAGAGAGACUGUCUCUGGCCUUCUUCUACAACCCAGACAAUGAUGCAUUGGUGGGCCCUGCACCGGAGCUUGUGGGCGCCGGCCGGCCCCCGUUGUACCCAUCGAUGAAGUACCGCGACUACAGGCUGUACAUGAGGAUGAGAGGCCCACAGGGAAAGUCUCAGAUGGAGUCCUUGAAGGUGGCCCACACGACAUCAGCCACUAAUUCCUAAUCCAUGUGAAAAGGUGGGCCACACGGCAUCAACCAUUGAUUGAUAGUCCAUGUGAAAAUAUCUGAAAUAUUCAAAUCCAUUGAACUAUGUUGCUUGCUUGUAAGAAGAUUAGACAUACCUCAUUUGUGGAUUCCUUGGAUAUGGACGCCUUAUGUACGAUGCAGACACAAUCAAUCAACUUGCAUUUUCUGUC